CCUGCAGAUUACCCAGUCUUAACACAUCCAAUCACUCACUUACACAAAGCGACAACUUUGCAACCAUGCGUUCCACUACUUCUCUGAUGGCCGUUGCGGCGAUGCUGCCGUUUGCCUUUGCCCACUACAACUUUGAGGCACUCAUUGUAAAUGGAGAAGUCACGGACGCCUACGAAUAUGUGCGCCAGACCAACAACUCCAACUCGCCCGUCACGGACGUUACGUCUACCGACAUGAUCUGCAACUCGGGUGGUUUGUUGUCCGCUACCAUGGCCAAGACCAAAACCUACACCGUCGCCCCCGGUGAUAAUGUCGGCUUCAUCGUAGACGCCUCCCUCAGCCACCCAGGCCCCCUCUCGGUCUGGAUGAGCAAAGCCCCCGACGGCACCGCGGCCAACGCCUACGACGGUUCGGGUGACUGGUUCAAGGUCUACGAAUUGACCUACAGCACCAUCAACUCCGAAGGUAUCCAAUGGGCCACUUACCCGUCCGGCACCAGUGGCCUGAGCAACUUCACCAUCGACCUGCCCUCCACCCUCCCCGCGGGCGACUAUCUUAUGCGCGCCGAGCACGUCGCUCUCCAUGCCGCCUCGGAGGUCGGCGGUGCGCAGUACUAUAUGGGCUGUGCGCAGCUGAGCGUCACCGGUAGCGGUGCUGGUGUCCCUAGCCCCACGACCAAGAUCCCGGGUCUGUACACCGGCGAGGAAGAUGGGUUGGUCAUUAACAUUUACUAUCCCAUCCCGACCAGCUACACCGCCCCUGGCAUUGCUACCUGGCCUACGGACUGCGUAUCGCACGAGGCCAAUCUUGAAGGACAGACUUUCCAGGGUAUGUGUGUUGGAGAUGACACUGCCAGCAGUGAUGCUGCUUCUUCCGGUGCUGUCUCUUCUGCUGCACCCACCAGCACCGCUGCUGCUUCUGCUGCUACCUCCGCUGCCACAUCCGCUGCGCCUGUUGCGGUGACUAGCGCUGCUGCUGUUGUUUCCGCUGCACCUUCGUCGGUUGUUACGUCGGCUGAGACUACUGCUACUUCUGCCGCUGCCGCCGCUACCUCUUCUGCCGCAAGCAAGUGCAAGAAGCGUAAGCGCUCGGUUGUUUAAGUGGGAGAUGGAACUGUGAAAUGUCCAAUCGGACUGGUGCAGAGUUCCUUUUGUUGGAGACGUUCGAGACUGCACCCCUUUUGUAAAUACUUGAUUUUUAACUGUGGAUAUACACCGGACCGGCCUAGACCGGAUCAUGUGGAUAAGUUUAGACAUACCAAAUACCAAUCUGUUUGAGC